AUGAAUGCUGAACAAUUCCGUAGAGCUGGUUAUCAAGCCAUCGAUAGGAUAUGUGACUACCAUGUCACCUUGAGGGAUAGACCUGUUUUAUCCCAAGUUGAGCCAGGGUACUUCAGAAAGGUGCUCCCAUCCUCCGCCCCCACUCAAGGCGAGGACUUCCAGCUCAUCGCUGACGACUAUCAAAACACAUUCGAGGGUAUACUUGCUGAACUAUACGCGUCUAGCACGUCUAACCCUGGAUUCAAUUGGUCUGUGAGCCCCGCAUAUACAAAGCUUGAGGCUGUAGUCAUGGACUGGAUCGCUCAAUUACUUGGGCUUGAUGAGUCGUUCUACAACAUCUCCGAGGUCGGCGGCGGCGUCAUUCAGCCGUCAGCAUCUGAAUCUGCGUUAGUCGCCACUGUCGCUGCACGUUCACGAUACAUUCAUGAGCACCCUCAGGUAGCGAUGGAGAAUCUCGUGCUCUAUACCACUACCCAAACUCACUCGCUUGGGAAGAAAGCUGGGCUUGAUGACUUUGCAUUGCGUGGAGACACACUCAAGGUCGCAUUGGAGGAGGAUAUGAACGCUGGGUUCCACCCUUUCAUCUUGAUCGGUACUGUAGGGACGACAUCUUCCGGUGCUGUUGAUCGACUCGACGAGAUUGCUGAUGUCGUUUCCAUUUUACGCGUAACAAAACAUUACCCCUUCCUUUGGCUGCAUGUUGAUUCCGCAUGGGCAGGCGUUGCAUUCGUGUGUCCCGAAUAUCGCGAGGCAUACCAACUUCCCGCCAUCAAUAGUUAUGUAGAUUCUUUCUGCACCAGUUUCUACAAGUGGGGUCCAAUCCAAUUUGAUGGCUCUUGUUUGUGGGUGCGGCACCGGAAACAUUUGACAGACGCACUAGACGUUACACCCGUAUUUUUGCGAACAAAGUACGGAAAUGCUUUAGGCCUUGGCAAACGGUUCCGAUCGCUCAAAUUCUGGUUUGUUCUUCGUGCGCGGGGAGUGAAAGGUCUCCAAAAAUACAUCAGCGACGGUAUCAAGUUGAACACCAAGUUCGCACAGAGCAUAUAUGAACCCGAGUUAUUCUCCGUCAUCACCAAGCCUUCCCUUGCCAUGACAGUCUUCGGACUUGCACCCAAGUCCUCUCCUCAACUCAGCACUCCCGAGCUAAAUAUUUUGAACCGUGCUUUUUAUGCACGGCUUGCAGCACGAAAUGAUAUUGCGCUCACCCAGACAGACUUGAAUGAAGUGUUUUAUAUUAGGAUGGUGAUCGGGGCUGAACAGACUUUAGAAAGUGACGUCGACCGCGCGUCAGCGUUGAUGAAGUCUGAGGCGAUGGUUUUGUUAAAGAAAUGAGAAGGGAUUGGAGGUCGCAGAGGUAGGAAGGCGAACGUGGUCCCAUUUCACUCCCAUUAAAGAUAUACCUAUUGUACUGGUAGCGUAGCGGCGCUGGGAGGCGCCAGUCCCCGACUUCAACUUCGGAGUUCAAGAAAUGACGAUGGAUUGGUUACCGGUGUGUUUCUUAUGAUUCUGACGCCUGGAGAAAAAGACA